GAAGGCGUUGUAGCCGCCAGCAAUGCCGCUGGAUCCUCCUUGCAGAUGCAGGAUGCAGAGAGUGCAAGGUGGUCCGUUACCGGCACUGAUGCAGAUGUAUGGGAUAGCUACACCCGCAAGGGGGACAAGAUCGGUGCUGGGGGCUUCGGCUUUGUCUUCGGAGCCACCCACAAGGGCACAGGCGAGACGGUGGCCAUCAAGGCGGUGCCGAAGCUGGAUUUGAAACGAGCUCCGCAGACAGCUCCAGAACAGCUGGGGCAGAUGCGCAGGAGGGACGCCCAGAGACUGAAGGAGGAGAUUUUCAUCAUGAGGAAACUCGAUCAUCCGAACACGGUGCUGCUCUACGAAACAUUCGAGGAUGAGAAGAACGUCUUUCUCGUCAUGGAGCUCUGCUCUGGUGGUGAAUUGCUAGGCUUCAUCUUGGAAAGCGGCCGGCACACGGAAGCCCAGGCCGUGAUCGUGAUGCGCCAGGUAUUCCAGGCCGUGCUCUACCUGCACUCGGUUGGCAUCUGCCACCGGGACAUCAAGCAUGCCAACACUCUGCUUCUCAGCCAAGCCCAGAUCGAGGACAAUGUGGUGAAGAUAGUGGACUUCGGCUUGGCGUGCUGCUUUACUCGCGGGGAAGCCAUGCGACAGUGUGCCGGUACGGCCAUCUACGUUGCACCACAGGUUCUGGAGUGCAAGUAUGACCACUCCAUUGACCUGUGGAGCUGCGGAGUGCUGCUAUACAUUCUUCUUUGUGGUUAUCCGCCCUUCCGCGGAGACACCGACGCAGCAGUCAUGAAUGCGAUCCGAAGGGGGAACUACUCUUUUCCGUCAUCGGACUGGACCUUGGUCUCACAGGCCAGGUGUGAGCUACGGCUUCCUUUCCGUGCUCCUCUCCAUCGUUGA